AUGAGUGAACAAGAACAAUUCAGCCACCAAGAGGUGUCGCAUCCAAUAGAUAAUACUCAAGGGACCGAACAAGGACGAGGAGAACAUUUGCCAAAGCAAGAAGAAAUAGAUCAAAGAUCCAUUUACGUCGGAAACGUUGAAUACCUUUCCACUCCUGGACAAUUGGAAGAAUUUUUCAGUGCUGUCGGCACAGUAGAAAGAGUCACCAUACUCUUUGAUAGGUAUUCUGGUUUGUCAAAAGGUUUUGCAUACAUUGAAUUUGACACCACGGAAGCCGCCGAAAGAGCCAUCGAGGAAUUGCACGGCAAAAAGUUCAAUGAAAGAGAAUUAAGGAUAAGUCCAAAGAGGAUCAACUUACCAGGUUUCCGCAAACGUGGUGGCCGUGGAAGACGAGGCAGAGGUAGAGGAAGGGGACGUGGACGAGGUGGUCGUGGUGGCCGAGGUGAUUUUCCAGGAGAUUCAAAUACCGAAAGAGGGUAA